AUGUUGAGAAGGAAUACUAAAUGGUGUCCACCUAGGCAAUGGUGGUUUAAGGAGAAUUCUAAUGGUGUUGCAAGAUGGUAUUUGGGUGAGGUGGAUGCAAGGGGAGUCAUAAGGAUGCAUGUGGGAGAGAUGGUGGUUGCUUACUCUGGGAAUUUGAAGGGAAGUACUAAUGACCAAGUUGAAGGGAUGGUCUUACUUUGGGGACUCAAAGUUUCCCUUUCAAUUGGAUUCAAGGCUUUAACCACUGAAGGUGAUUCCAAACUCAUGAUUGAUGCAGUUAAGGGAUUGAACAAGGUUAAUUGGUCAAUUGAAGGCAUAAUUAAAGACAUCCACAAGUUUCUUCUAGGAUUGGAGCACUUUGAAAUUGGUCAUGUCUAUAGAGAGGGCAACGAGGUUGUUGAUGCUCUAGCAGCUUUGGGCUCCCAAAUCAAAGGAUGUAGAUUCUGGAGGAGGAAGGAUUCCCUCCCAAAUAAUGCUCAGUUACUCCUGCAUGGAGAGUCCCAAGCAUUGGAUUCAAAUGGGUAA